AUGGGUAUCAUCGUUGGCAAAGACGGGAAUAUGAUUCAACAAGAAGUGUUGUGUGUAGUUGCUCCUACUCUGGUGGAUGAUGUACUGUUGCCCCCAGAAAUAAGAGACAAGUUGCAGGAUGUCAUAGCUUUUUGUCAACAGUGCAAAGAGUGUCAGUUGGCAAAGCGAAUAAAUCAAAAGGACAGAGUACCAAUUACUCCUGUGGCAAGACCAGAAUUGCCAUUCCAAGUUGUAAACAUCGACAUCAUUGGACCUAUAGAUCCGCCGAGUGCAAAAGGUCACAGAUAUAUAUUAUAUCUAGUUGAUGAACACACGAGAUGGGCUGAGGUAGUACCACUAACCAGUUUAGCUGCCAAAGCUACAUGUGAAGCACUGUUAACCAUCUUCAUGCGGACAGGUAUGCCUAAUAUAAUGGCAUCAGACAAUGGGACUAAUUUCAAUGCUAGUUUGACACAAGAGUUUGAAAAAAGAAAGGCAUCCAGCCCACGAUUUUCGACACCAUUGCAUCCAGAGUCGAAUGGGCUGGUAGAAAGAUUUAAUCAGACGUUAAAGCACAUGCUACAAAAUGUCAUUUUGAAAGAGCCACAUACAUAG